AACAAGAACAAAAUGGACAAGCAGAAGAAUUAAUGAUUAAUCAACUGAAAAAAAAAUAAAAAACAAAUGAGAAUGAUGCAAAGGAGGAAGGAGGGAAGUAAAUGGCAACAAGAAAGGAUUUCCCAGUUUUCUCAUUUUGUUAAUCUCUCUCUCUCUCUCUCUCUCUCUCUCUUUCCCUCUCUUCUCUCUCUCUCUCUCUCUCCGCAUUGUUUUUUCUUUUAAGAGUUAAGAUGUAACGCCUGAGAUCUUUGGCAUCGGUUAUUGCAUUCUUAUCUUCUUCAAUCUUGGUCUACUGGCGUUUGCUUGUUGGAGGAGAGAAAGGAAUACAGAUCCCCAGAGAACAGGAAGGAGGAGGGAACCCUAGAAGAUUUCCCAAAUGGGAGAAUCCUGUGAUAUUCAUUCUGAAGAGGACAAAGCUGUUCCUGAGAAGAACAAGAAAAGGAGGCUAAAGACACCAUUCCAAGUUGAGGCCUUAGAGAAAUUUUAUAAUGAACACAAGUACCCCACAGAGUCAAUGAAAUUACAGCUUGCAGAGGAGAUAGGAUUGUCGGAAAAGCAGGUAUCUGGAUGGUUUUGCCAUAGAAGGUUGAAGGACAAAAAGCUAUCUAAAGAUGAAGCAUAUGCAAGUGCAAGGCAAGAUCUUUCUAGUGGUGUUAUACAGGAUCGGGGCAGUGGACAUAGGCAGGACUCAUGUAGCAGCACCAAGCAAGGGGAAUACAAGCAUUUUGAUCCUAAGGAGGUGGAAAGUCGAAGGCUUUAUGGCCAAGAAUAUCCAAGUGGAGAUAUGAUUCUCAUGAGUAGGGGUCAAUAUAUUCAUACUGGGAAUUAUAAUGCCAUGGAGAAUUCAUCUUCAGGAAGUAGCUCAGCUUCACAGGACAGGUUGUUUGCUCAGAGUGAGGAUCCCUAUGAUAUGGAAUCUUUGAGGUACUCAUCUCAGAAUGGCAGCUAUUUGUUGAUGAAUUCCAAGGGCAUCAAGAACAGGGGGCAUAUGAUGUCAUCAGGAUAUUUGAACGUGCAGGAUGAGGUUGAAAAUGCUGCUAUUACUGCUGUUAAGAGGCAACUAGGGAGGCAUUAUCGGGAAGAUGGUCCACCACUUGGUGUUGAAUUUCAGCCACUUCCUCCGGGUGCAUUUGAUUCACCGGUUACUAAUCCAAACCAUGAACCAUACUAUGUGGGUGAUCCUAUAGUGCAGAGUUCUCACAGCAUACCAAGUGUUUGCAAGGAUCCUACUCUUGGAACGAGGUAUGACAGAUACAACUCCAUGAUGCAUACUCAAGGCUCAUAUCCAGAAGGAGCAUGUCUUAGAAGAACCAUGUUAGACCAUCGGGAUGAAUUUUCUAGUUUCCCAUCAAAGCGAAAGUCUUCAUUCACCAGUUGCAGCAAUCGUGCCCCUGAUAAGAACUCCAUGUAUAUGGAUGGAGAUUCCAUUGAGGAAACCUCUAUGCUUAACAUCAGCAGGAACUGUGGAGCAAGGUCUAAGCAUUCUGUUCAAGGGAUAAGAUCAGAUGCCCUUGCCAAUGAUCUACCACAUGUUUAUGGUGGAAAACUUAUUGCCAGUGAACCUUUCUAUCCUCAGUUACAUAAAUGUGAUGACUCUACUAACCCACAUUUGUUCCAGAGGAAUGAUUACAUUGGGUCUAAAUCUUCUAAUUUGGUACUUACGCACAGUGGGUCUCUUGAUACAGAGGAAAGAGGAAAGUCUGGAAGGAUGGCAAAGGGUGAGAAGCUUUAUAGGGAGAGAACAAGUAAGGAGUAUGCCAAUCCAGUUAAAGUCAGGAUGCAACCAGAAAAUGAAAUAAGAAUCGGGAGGAGAAUGAGAGGUCAUGAACUUAUUCCACGGGAUUAUGCAUCUAAAACACCAUCUCCUCAGGAAUUACUGUCAUGGACAAACCACAUGAAAGGGUCUGCUGGGGAGAUGCCAACUAGUUUCAGUGAAGAUGAAACUGCAGCAACCAGUUCUUCCAUGGAUUGAGAGGAAUUCAGCGGCUGAUUAAUUGUACAGGAUUUACACUAGGUAGCAACUGUUGGAAGUUGGGUAGUUGAAACCUAGAAAAUUUCUCUGGAAUAGAACCAAGGGAGAUCCAAAAGGUCUGAAGAGAAAACACAAUGGUAUUUAUUGGAUUGCAAUUUGUUGUAGUGGAAAAGUAUGUCAUAUGCAUGUCACACAAAUGGGACCUUGGCACAUUGUAUUUGUAUACGAUACCAUUGGCCUGAAGCAUCAAGACAGCAACUUAUAGUUGACCCUCUGGUGAGUUGGGAGUCUUCUCUUCAUACCCACUAUUUUUUGGCAGGUGUCAAAAACAACGUUUAUGGGAGAGAACUGUGACUUGAGGUUUCAACUCAUGCUUGGCUUUCUCCUUGUUGAUGUAUGUGCAUAUGUUUUUACUGUGGAAAGCGGUACAGAAUGCUUUAGCAGAUGUAGUUCAGAUCCACUGAAGUGUAAAUUGAGUUUUAUCAUGCCAUUUCUGCAUGUAAAUUUCAUCUAACCAGCAGCCAGAGAAGAUGCAGGCAUUUGGCCUGCCAGAAGAUUGCAUUUGUUUUUUCAAGGACUUGAUUUACUGACGUUGGUAGAUGUUCCACCAAAUUGUAAGGGAUGUUCAAAUGCAGAGUUACUGCUGUUUUUUGUAGAUUUAUUGUUAAUGUUUAUGAGUAAGUGUUAGAAUAUCAUCUUGUAACAGAAAGCAUAUGAAGUGUCAUCAACAGAAGCUUUGAAACUUUCCCGUUAGCUUU